AUGAACCCAUUCCCAGGAGAAGCCCCCCCAGGGAGAAGCAUUCGGAUAACCGUGACGGAGACCGCGUACAAGAACAUGCCCGAGAAGGUGCAGGGCGAAGUGGCGGAAAUUCUCAGGCAGGCCUCCCCAGGCGACUACACAAUAGACGCCUCGGGCGAGGCUCUUUCCGUGAGAAGGCCUGCCCUCUUCAGCGACCACGCAGAAGGCGGAACUUCGGGAAUGUUCUUCCCAGAGUCCCACUUCAGAAGGCCCCCGCGCGAGGACGACCCCUUCAGAAAGUACGACCCAGACAAUGACGAACUCCCUCCCCCCGGUGGAAGCCGCUCGUAUUUCACGUAA